CUUCUGCGCCCAGAACUACAAAAAUGAUACAAAUCAAACAUAAACGCAGUGGAAAAACAUUAAAAAUUAAUACAUUUUGGCUACGUGAUCAUUGUCGUUGCGGCGACUGCUACAAUGUGGAGACCAAACAGCGUAAAUACAAUUUGCUGGACAUACCGAAAACAGUGAAGCCACUUAAGGCUGAGUACAUCAAGGAUGGCCUGCAAUAUGAGGUGCACUGGACCGACGGCCAUAUAUCAGUUUACGACAUUGAUUUCCUGCAUGAUGCGCAAGUGGAGCAUGUAGUGGCACGCGCCGAGGACUCCACCGUACGUACGCCUUGGAAUCAACCGUUCAUUGUCGCACACGAAGACCAACUGCGUACAACACUAGUCGAGCUGGUCAGUACUGAGGCUGCAGUGCGUAAAAUCGUGCAGAGCCUAAUCCGCUAUGGCAUUGCAUUUGUUGAUGGCGUUCCACCGAAUACCACAAUGACCGAAAUGGCUGUACGACGCAUUUUUCCACCGAUGAAAACCUUCUUUGGCGAAAUGUACACUUUCUCCGAUGUGCAGGAUCAUGCCGAUACCGCCUACUCUAAGCAAUAUCUCGGUUUGCAUACGGACAAUACAUAUUUCUGCGAUGCUGCGGGUUUGCAAUCUCUUCACUGCAUACGCCAUGUCAACGGCAUAGGUGGUGACAGUUUCUUUGCCGAUGGUUUGCAUGCCGCCAACGAGUUGAGACAUCGCAAUCCGCGCGCAUUUGAGAUACUUACACGUGUGCAGGUGCCGGCGGAGUACAUCGAGGAUGGUCAAUAUCACAAGCAUUCAGCGCCGAUCAUACGUGUGGAUCCGGUGAGUGGUCAAAUUGUACAGUUACGCUUGAAUGUUUACGAUCGCGCACAAUUCGAUAGCGUGCCACAAGAGGAAAUGCAAGAUUUCUACGAGAGUUUUCGUGAUUUUCUAGAAAUCGUGCAACGAAUUGAAAACCAUUGGCGUUUCAAAUUGCAACCCGGCACGGUAGUGAUCUUCGAUAAUUGGCGUGUUUUUCACGGACGUCACGCCUAUACGGGUCAACGCACCAUGACCGGUUGCUAUGUACAACGGACGGACUUUUUGAGUAAAGCACGGGUUUUGGGUAUCAUAGACUGACGCUGGCGGGGGAGGAGAAGUGGAGAACAGAACAAGGAACUAUAGAGAGACGUUUUUUCAUCAAAUAUUAAUUUCAGGAAUUUUUAAAAUUUUAAAUUCAUUUUUUAUUUUAACACUUUUCUACUUUUUUAGCGAAAUUAAAAUAUAAGGAAUAAAAAAAA